AUGUCUUGCAGCAGCAGCAGCAGCAGCAGUAGUAGUAAUUGUGAUGAUGUUGAUGGCGCUGGCAUUUGCACCGCUGCAGGGGAACUCGCUGCGCAGAUUGAAGAUUGCGCUAGUGUGCUUACAUGCAUAGACUCUGAGGUAUCUGUGCGGUCUAUUCAACCGCUCUCACCGCGGGGUAGCACAGUAACAGCAUGUGUGACCUGGCGCACAACACCACUACUACCACCAUCACCACAAACAAGAACACCACCAAUGACAAACACAACAGAGACACAGAGUGUAACUCUACGAUUUAGCUACAGCGGAGGAUUUACUUGUGGGGAGAACUCUGGUUCUGCGAGCGUCUAUGAGUCGCUCAUGUCGUUGUUGCUGGCGAACGGAUGUGGGGUCCGGAAAGGCGCGUGA